AUGCCAUUCGACCCUUAUGAGCAGAACAUCACCUUGACUGCCAGCGACGGUAGCACCAUGGACAUUCCCCUCCCUUAUUUCGACGACUAUGUCCAGGAAGGCGUGGUCAGCUGUAUCAACUAUGGCUGCCAACUCGGCGCUACCAUCGUCACCUUUGUGCUCUUGUGCCUAUUGACCAGGUCCAAGAAGCGUUCCUCCGUCGUCUUUUGCUUGAACGUCACUGCCCUGCUCCUGAACAUGUUUCGUCUUAUCUGCGAGGUUCUGAUUUACACCAGCGCCUGGUUUGAGACUUUUGCUUAUUUCACCGGGGACAUCUCUCGCGUGACUCAAGGCGAUUUUGCGAACAGCGUUCUGGUUUCAGUCAUGGAUGCCCUGCUACAAGUUGUCAUGGAAGCUUCGCUUGUCGUGCAGACCAGAGUCGUAUCCACCAACAUGUCGUGCUGGCAAAAGAAUUCCAUCCUCGUCGUCUCGAUUGGGCUUGCUGUUUCUAGCAUUGGGUUCCGCAUGGCUCAGAUGGUGUUGGAAAGUAUGCUCAUCGUCAAAAACAAGCCAUUCAACAGUGACAUCUGGCUCCAGAAAUUGAAUACCAUCUUGACCACAACUAGCAUUAUCUACUUCAGCGUAGUCCUCAUUUGCAAGCUGGGAUACACCAUUUAUCGUCGCAAGCAGCUCGGCGUUCAUCAAUUCAGUCCUAUGCAGAUCAUCUUCAUCAUGAGCUGUCAAACAAUGAUUGUGCCUGCUGUCUUCUCAAUCUUGCAAUUUUCGUCUGUCAACAUCCACCAUAUCAACAACGACAUUGUCACCUUCGUGGUGGUCUCGCUGCCCGUGACAACCCUGUGGGCCGCCACUGCACUGCCUGGUCAUGCAGCAGUACAUGAUGCCGAAUCUGGUAUGCCUCUCUGGAACAAACUGUCGACAUCGCGACUCGGUAGUGUGGGCUCUGACCGAAAGAAGUCGGCAUCGACCAGCGAGACCAUCACAUUUCCCUCUACGGUGAAUUUUCAGGGGUUGGAGAUGGCUAAGCAGCGGGGAAGCUGCUCGCAUGUCAACAACCGUGACUUCUCCAAUUCAUCCUCGUACAACCAGUGCGUCUCUGGCAAUAUGGCGGCUGUGCCGCAAUCCACGUUAACAUGGCUUUGGAAUGUGCUUACAAAGAACCAUCAUGAUCCCAAACAGACCUACCGUGAUCCCAAUCGCACAUACCAUGACGUCGCUCGAGCGCUGGCGCAAUACCCAUCCUUUGGACCUCGGACAGAUGUAUACACAUACGAAAAUGGCACGCCGUCGCUUCUCCUUCACCUCGUCGGGACCUUACCGGUCUCCUUCCGCGGCAAUUCGUACAAUAUCCCGAUAGACACAUGGAUUCCCAGCACAUAUCCUCUUGAGGCUCCGAUAGUUUACGUUACUCCAACCCCGGAUAUGGUAGUCCGAUCUGGUCAGCACGUCACGCUGGAGGGUCGAGUAUAUCAUCACUAUUUGGCGCAUUGGCAUGAAGCAUGGGAUCGAUCCUCAAUCGUCGAAUUGUUUGGUGUUCUACGUGAUAUCUUUUCCAAAGAGCCCCCGGUUAAAGGACGACCUCAGUCACGACCACCGCAACCCGAAACCCCACGAUCGGGUCCUCCUCCGGUCCCUCCGCUUCCUCCAGAGCUUUCUACGUCUCCUAGACCUGUCGAACCACCUUCUAGACAACAUCAACAAACACCUCCAAGACCGCCCCAGUUGCCUCCAAAGCCUGGCCAGACAGCGCGAGUACAUUCUCCGCCUACAGCUCACACACCCGGACCAGCGAUCCCUCCGUUACCUCCAAAGCCGCAGAACGGGCAUAUUCAAGAAUGGAGGACUCCUAUAAAUGCAGCUACUGCUCAAUUAAAUCGGUCCAGCAGUUUGCGAACGCAACCGGCGCCUGUCAAUCCGCAUUACCAACAAGAUCCGUAUGCAAAUACUUCCCCUGUGUCUGUACAAAGCCAUGGUGCUUAUCCGCACCAUCAAAUACAAAGUCCUCGACAGUAUUCGACGCCACAAUCUGCACAUGGCUACCAGCAGAAUGUGCAUCAGCAGCAAUAUCCACACCAAGCACCCGUUCCAUAUCCUGCUCAUCAAAACCAGCAACCGCCCUAUCAAACUCCUCCACAAGCAAUGACUGCACCGAAACCMCCCAAGCCGCAGACCCCUGACUUACUCACCUCACCAUUUGAUGUCGAGCUACCAUCUAUCACGCCAACGGGCCCUCCACCGCCUGUACCACCAAAUCCCGAGAAGGAUGCUCUUAUCCACACGCUCUCCCGAACAUUGACCGAGAAUCUACAAGGAAAUGUAUCGCAGUCCCAUUCUGCCGUAACUUCUUUGCAGUCACAGUCUCAGGCUUUGAGUUCUGCCAUGAUGACUCUACAAGGCGAACUAGCGACCUUGAACCAGUUUAAAGUAACGAUACAAUCCAACAUAAGUAUCCUUCAGCAGUCGCUCCAUCGCGCAGAUGCAGUAAUAGCAGAUGCCAAGGCUCGAACCGAUCAAAAUGGAACAGGAACUACAACAGCAAGUGGACUACCCGCCAUAGACGACGUGCUCGUGGCUCCGACUGUGGUCGGAAAACAACUAUACGAUUUGGUAGCCGACGAGCGAGGAAUCCAACAAGCCAUCUACGCACUACAAGCGGCGUUGGUCAAGGGAGUGAUUGGAGCGGACACCUGGUCACGUCAUACGCGUAGCUUGGCCCGAGAAGCGUUUAUUAAACGUGCACUAAUCCGGAAAAUUGCGCUGGGAAUGGGACUGGAUUUGGGCGAGGAUGCUCUUCGGCCGGAGUCGUGA